ACAUCUUCUCAGUCUGUCUGCUGGUGUCAGUGGUGUGCGAUGUGGAUGGUGCCUUUAGUUUCACGAUAAAACAUCUUGUACAUCGCCGAGUAAGUGUUUCUGUGUAACGGACAGCAUAUGUGAUGGACUGACAAAUACAGUUCAGCGGAUCCGCCGUUCAAGUCUGGUUUCUAUGUUUCAGAGCCUUUCAACAGUGAAUAGCUGUGAUUGAACCGCCGUAUGGUCCUCAGAUCAGAGGCAUGUGGAAUAUGAGGAGCAGCCGCUCAUGACGCAAGGCAUCUGAAGUUGCAAAAGUUUGAGGAUAUGAAUUACUGAAUGCGAAUUAAAUCUCCAUGUACAGAAUGAUGUGUUCUCUUGAAAUUGUAGACCGACGGCUAUGAAGAACUAUGUCUACUUUGAGGAUCCGUUCCACAUCAUGCUUUGGAGACUUUGACCAUAAAACAGCUUGAUAGACUUACACUUUAUACAAAAGAUAAACAGCUUUUAUUUUGCCAAAUGGGUCCUUUUGUGUCUCCAUUUAAUAACCUGCUAUGCAUGCUUCUGGGCAUCUCCUUCACUGUCUGGUUCACGCUGCUCUUGGUUUUCAUCAUUGUUCCUGCCAUUUUUGGCCUGUCCUUCGGCAUCCGGACACUCUACAUGAAGACGCUGCUUAAGGUGUUUAAGUGGGCCACACUGAGGAUAGAAAGAGGAGCUAAGGAGAAGAACCAUCUUUUGUACAAGACUAACGCUAAUGGCAUCAUUGCCAAAGAACCUACCUCGCUGGAAGAAGAGCUCAUUCGGCGGAACGGCUGCAAUCGAGAGCUAAACGGGCCCACCACCACCAUAGGCCACACCCCUUCCUCCUCAGAAUACGAAAUGUCCGACAUCUUUUACUUUUUCCGGCGAGGGAUUGAAAGCAUCGUAGAUGAUGAGGUCACCAAACGUUUUUCGGCGGAAGAACUCGAGUCGUGGAACCUGUUGACCAGAAGCAACUAUAACUUCCAGCACAUCAGCACAAGACUGACGGUGCUGUGGGGUCUUGGAGUUGUCAUUCGUUAUGGCUUUCUUCUGCCUCUCAGGUUAACACUAGCAGCCACAGGAGUCAGCCUGCUGGUAUUCUUCACUACCCUGAUAGGUCUUUUGCCCAAUGGCAGGCUGAAAUGUUUUCUCAGUGAGAAAGUGCACCUGAUGUGUUAUCGUAUCUGUGUGAGAGCGCUGACCGCUAUCAUCACGUACCAUCACAGUGAAAAUAAACCCAAGAAUGGAGGCAUCUGUGUCGCCAACCACACAUCACCCAUUGAUGUCAUUAUACUAGCCAGUGACGGAUGCUAUGCAAUGGUUGGUCAAAUCCACGGAGGGCUGAUGGGGAUAAUUCAGAGGUCCAUGGUAAAAGCUUGUCCACACAUCUGGUUUGAACGGUCAGAAGUCAAAGAUCGCCACCUGGUGGCUAAAAGGUUGAGCGAUCAUGUAAAAGACAAAACCAAACUGCCCAUCCUAAUUUUUCCCGAGGGUACCUGCAUUAAUAACACAUCCGUGAUGAUGUUUAAGAAAGGAAGCUUUGAAAUUGGUUCUACUGUUUACCCAGUUGCCAUAAAGUAUGACCCGAAGUUUGGCGAGGCGUUCUGGAACAGCAGUAAGUUUGGGAUGGUGAACUAUCUGCUCCGCAUGAUGAGCAGCUGGGCGAUCGUCUGCAGUGUGUGGUACCUGCCUCCCAUGACCCGUCAGGAAGGUGAGGAUGCAGUGCAUUUUGCUAACAGAGUCAAGGCAGCCAUUGCCAGGCAGGGUGGUCUGGUGGACCUGCUGUGGGACGGUGGGUUAAAGCGAGAGAAAGUGAAAGAUACCUUCAAAGAGGAGCAACAAAAACUCUACAGCAAAAUUUUGGUUGGAGUGCAAGAAGACCGCAGUCGCUCUUAAAAAGAGAAAGAUGUGUCCGGUGAGGACCAGAGAGCACAAGAAGUUCGACAGACCCACCGAUUUGCGUUGAAUUCAAAAGGACUUGUCAAGCCGGCCCAAGCUUGGUCCAUGGGAGGUCAUGUUCUGGGGAUGCACUUCUGAAAAGACAUAUUUUCAUGUGUAACCUACAGUAGCUGAUUUCAGUCAUAGUUGUGGGCGCAAUUCAAGUUUAGACGUUACUCGGCAAUAGGAAAAUAUCUUUCUCCUUUUUGUUUGUUACUUGGUUUGUUUGUUUGUGUUCUAUUUUCUUUCAGUUGAAGUUAUUUAUUUGAUUAUUAUUUACUUCAAAUGCAGAUGGCAGUAAGCAUUAGGGUCAAAUGAAUAAUAAGGGUUGAUAUUACCAAAGAUGAACUGCACCUGCAGCUACGGCGCUGUUUAUUUGCAUAGACCAGGCAAAUAGUGCAGAAUUUUGUGAAUAUGUCGGUAAUGAGUCUCAUCUCCAUAGAACGUUUGCAUGUCAGUGACUUAAUUCAGAUACGGUUUCUAGGUUUCACUAAAGUACUUGGAGUUAGUGAAGAAGACGCAGGAUUUUUUUUGUUUUUUGCUGAAAUACGGUUGACGUGACACAGAGAUGUCUGCUAAAGCCAUUAUACACAACCGUACUCUCCGUUUCAAUUUUCUCUGUGCCACAGUCAUUUUAAUCCCUGGAUUUGUACAGGAGAGAAAAGCAGGAAUAUGUGCAAAAAACUACAGUUUCAUUUAUAAGGCAUUAGACAGGUUAUACUGGCCUUGAGAUGAAAAUUGUACUGUAUUUUUUCAGAAUACCGUACAAUCAACUCUUUGUAAAAGGUUUGGACUGCUUUAUGGUCAUUUUUGUUUCAUUCUUGUGUGGCUGUAAAACUCGUGAGUUUUAUUUGUCAUCCAGCACUCCUUUGCCAUCGUAGUUCACAUCUGAAAGUCAAAUCCUUUAAGAGUGUUUAUGAUGUUGGCCGAGUGAAAGCCGAUUGAAAUCUCUUCAAACGUUCAUGUCCUUUAGGUGUUUCAAAUUAAAAUCGGACGUUGCAAUGUUUAAACAACACUUUGCAGCAUGCAUACAUACAAACAACUAGAUCUAAAACUAUAAAAACUUGGACACUAAAUGGUUUAUAAAGCAAUGGGUUGAUAUACCUGUAUUUAGCACUUCAGAUAUGAUGAGCUCAGUAAGGCUUGUAUGAAUGGUGAAGAAAAAACGGACCAAGCUGUUUUUAUGUAGCAGUGUAGGAAUUUGUGCAGUUUUGAUACAAGAAAAAUAACGUUUUUAAUACCUGUUGCUCAUUUGUAUGCUUUUGGUAUGAAACGUAAUCCACAAAUUACCAUUUUUUAGGUCAGGUCUGCCUGUUAUUAAUACAAUUAUUAAAAUUAGAGGUCACAACGAUGCUCUCGAAUGGCAAGAUUGUAUGCAAGCAUCUAAAUACACUAUACUGGCUAUUUGGGUACAUCGCAGGAAGGCUGUUGGCUUUAGCCUCUCAUGUUGGUAGGUAUACGAGUUAAUCCAUCAUGGCUCGUUCCAAAGCAAUUCAUGCACUUAGUUCACUAAAAAACACACCAUUGUGCUAACAUCAUGUUUUAUAUUCAACCAAUGCCACAUGUAAAUAAAAGAACUCGCAACACAACAAUCUGUCUGUUUCAAAUGUAUGACCGUUUCCAACUUUCUGCACAAGCAUUUUAGUGGCUUUGCUUUCUCCUCUGAGCAAAACAAGAAUAACUUAAAGU